CUUAACAUCCAUAGGCUGACAUGUAGAUGUAAACAGUUUUAAAGAUCACCUCCAAGAUAAAUGUAUCACUGUGCUUAACUAAAAGGCCACAGUGACCUAUAUCCUACUAGGAGCAUGUGUCCUUGUACUUGGAGGAUGAGCUCAGGAGUCUCAUAUCCAUAACAAAACCAGAACAAGAUUGUAAAUGGCUAACAUGAUGGAUAAGUAGUGUGUCAUAGCUUCUUUACUGUACAAAGAAACAUUCAUUCUACUGGUUUAGAUUCGACAGUUUCUGCAAUGGCAGACAAUCCAGAUGGCUGCCUUCACUAACUGUUCGUAGGACCACCUUGUUGGAGUCACAGUUAAAUGAACCAAUUGAUUGUGUUCGAGUAUGGACAGGUAUCAUGGUGCUAAAAAUGACAGCAGGUAAAGAAGAAGGGAGAGUCUGAGAACGAUACUGGUAACAAUUUGCAGUCGACCAUGCUCUGUACUUCCUGACCGCCAUCACAUGCCCAUGCAAGCUGCUUAAAGACCCGCGCGGUGUGAGGAAGGCCCCUCACAGCCAUCUUCAACAUAGCCUCUUCGAUUCCAUUCUUCCCAGCUCGAAUCUAUCACCAUAUACUCAGAACCCUCCCCAACAAUUGGUUUCUUAAACCCACAGUUUGCUCAUGCCUUCCCUUGCGGAACUCGACCAACACUAGAGCGAGAAAACAGAUCCCUUUUUGUGAGCCUUAUAUUGAAGUCGUGGAAUCAAAGCGGCUCAGAAUGCGUGCCAAGUUGCUCGAUGCGUUCACGGAUGAGAAUAUGGAUCUGCAGAAGCAAAUUGGGUGCAUCGCCGGAAUCUUUCAGAUGUUUGACCGCCACCAUCUCCUCAUUGGGAAGCGCCUCAAUGAUCACAACCAUAGGAAGCUUCCAUCAGGACAUGUUCUUCCAAAGAAUGGAAGACGAGAGUCAGAGCAAAAACCACGCUUUUCACAGAUUCUUCGGGAGAAGAAUCUGAGCAAGAGCUUGAACGAAACCCAGACAGCUUCCAUGGAAUCGUCGAGAGCUUCUUGUUCCUCAUCCAGCUCGUCAUAUUCUUCUCUCGAAUCUGUCAAAGCAUCUCGACAGGAGGCCUGCUCCUUUGACAGAGCAUUCUUUCAAGAGAAGUCGCUACUAGCGAAUUCACCCGAGGUCAAGAAACCAGAAGAUGAUGCCAAAUCUAUAAGCUUUGACUCCUGCAGUAGUACCCCGAAGGCUAUUCUGCAAACCCUUGAUUUCCACAAUGCUGUGAGAGAUCCCAUAAAGAAAGGCGCUCAGGGCUUUCCUACCAGAACUGCAUCAACUGAGAAGGUGAACAACCAUGAAGUGAAGCACAAGGACACGCCCAGGCCUGUGCUGCUCGCCAAAACGAGAAUGCCAGCUGAUCUCAAUGAAGCAAUCAGACUCCUGGUAGAACUCAAGGAAGCACCCUGGAGUUUUCGUGAUCAUGAAGCAAACGAUACCUCGUUCUACCAAGAAUCACGGAGAUCACCUCGUUUCUCUUAUGAUGGAAGAGAACUCUCGCGGCUGUCGAUGGAUUCCCAAGAUAACAGUAAGCCCGCUAACAAACUUAGAGAGCUUCCAAGGCUCUCACUGGACAGCAGGCGAGGAGCUCAAAGGAGUUCUAACUUUGCUUCAAGAACAAGUUCAACUUUGGAGGACUUCGACAAAACUACUACCAGUCCCAGUGUCAAUAGAGCUUCCAAUCUGCUUCAGGAUCUUAGCCAAAAGCGACAACCCAGCAUCGUCGCAAAGCUCAUGGGCUUGGAUGAAAUGCUCGGCUCGAACUCAGCAGCUCAAGCAGCAGUUGCCAGAAAAAGCUGUGCUCCUUCCCAUGAACCGAGAGACUGUACCUCAGCAACAAGACCAAGAGGAACUCGGGAUGCAAAAGGUGAUCAGCUCCCUCACGCUGUUCAAAGCAGAGAUUCAACAAUAGCAAAGCCAAAAGAUCAUCAUUCGCCGCUGAAACACAAAUCAAAGAUCAUGACUGAGACCGCACCUUGGACACAGCAGACUCCACAGAAAGCAAGAACUGGGUACCAAGAAGCUCAGUUCAUCUACCAAGAGAUAGAGGAGAGACUCAAAGGGCCUAAGUUCCAGCAGCAAAAGAAGGACCUCAGGGCUCUCAAACAAAUAGUAGCUGCUAUGCACGCGAAGAGGCUGGCGCAGACCACAAAGGAUAAUGAUUAUCCCUACAAGAUAUCUGUGCUGGAAGAUUACGCAGACCGAACUCCAAGGGGAAGCACUCAGAACUCAAGGUCACCAAAGGUCUGGAAACAACCAGCACAAGAAGGUAGUUCUCCAAAAGCUUUUGAUCCUCCAAUUGUAGUCAUGAAGCCUGCAAAGAAUGUCAGAAUUUCAGAUGCUUCAGGUCACACAGUAGUUCUUCUGGAAGGUCUAUCAAAUCUUCCAAAGCUGCUUACAAGUAGUGCUGGUAAUAGAAAGAAAAGCUCAGCAAACAUCACAGCUGAGAGAGACCACAGUCCUAGAGUCAGACUUGGUGAAUCAAACAUUCAGUCACUUCUCUCAACAACAGAUAGGCAAAUCAUCAGAAGGUCCAUGGGAAAUAAUAAUUCUCCGAAAUUUCAUUCAAACUUGAUGCAGUAUCUGGAAGAGAACAGUGGAGUCUCAGCAAAAACUUCAAGCAUUCUGAGCCCAAGACUGCAGCAGAGAAAAACAGAAGCAGAGAAGCAGCCAUGUCCACUUACCCCCAACAUGAACAAGGCUCAAAGUGAGCAUAACAAUAGGAAACCAGUCGAAUCAGUUUCUCCAAGACACAAACUCAGGCUGAAACAAUCUCAAGUACAAAAAAGAGAAGACCAGGUUGAUGUUGAUGAAAUCAUCUGUGAGAAAAGGGUUUCAAGUCGUCGAAAUGAUGAAACUUCACCAGGUUCUAACAAAAGUAGGAGCUUUGCAUUACAGUCAUCUGUUCUGCAGCAUCGCAUCCCAUCAAGCAGGGCUUCCCAGAUUGCAACCUUAGUCUUGAACCAGAAGAAUUCUGCAGUAAAUACAAGUCAACAUAUAUCAGAUAAGGAGCUCACGAGUAUUACCUUUGAAUACCCAAGUCCUGUGUCAGUUCUUGAUUCUUCAUGCUAUGAGGAUCAAUUUUCUCCUUCCCCUGUGAAGAGAACCCCAGAUGCAGUCAAAGAUACUGAACCUUGCACUUUAGACCUGUACUGCCACCCAAAGAAUUCAUCCAAGAUGAAUGAUGAAACCAGCCUCAAGAAACUUCAAGAUUUUGAAAACCUUGUACAAAUCAAAAUGCUGAAAUCGGCUGAUGCAGAGCUUCCAACAACAGACUUCAUUACCUCGAAGUGUAACAUGGACAACCCGGAUCACAAUUAUGUCUCCGAGAUUCUACUGGCAACAGGCAUAUUGAACAAAGACUGCAGGGUUCCGCUUCAGCUCUAUACAUCAGGCCAUGCUAUCAACCCGGAGUUGUUUGGUGUUCUCGAGCAACCAAAGCAUGGCUGGUUCUCAAAAUGUGAACUUGAUAAAGAAGAAACUCAGCAUCAGAAGACAAAUACAGAGAAGAACCACAGGAAGCUUGUUUUUGAUGUGGUAAAUGAGAUCAUAUCUCAUAAGAUGGAAUCAACUGCCUAUGGGAAUGGCCUUGACCUUUUAUGUCAGUUCAGAAGAAAACUAAGUGGGCAGCAGCUUGUACUGGAAGAAGUGUGCUCUCAGAUUAGAAGGCUUCGAACUGAGAAGACAAGAUCUACCAGCUUGGAGGAUGAUGUUGAGUUUAUUGCUGGAGAGGACAUCCUCUACCGAUCUGAAGGCUGGGUAGACUUCAGCGUCGAGCAAUCGAGGGUGGCUUUACAGAUUGAGAGGUUGAUAUUCAAGGAUUUGAUCGAUGAAGUUUUAAGUGGUGUCACUGAAGCUGGUUUGCAAAUCAAGCCAAGAAUGGCCUUGCUCCGCCCUCGGAGAUUUUUCUUCCUUGGUCCUAAUAUCCCCCAAAAAAAUAUAGAACAUUUUAGCAAUCCCAUUAAUGCUGGAACCCCUCAUUAACAGUCACUUCUUCGCUGAGUGCUAAUAAUUUCAAUUCUUGUCGUACUUCUUAUCACCCUCCAAUUGUUACCAAAAUGUGGUAACAAUAAAAAAGAAUAAUGAAUUGAUAGUUAGGAUCAUCUGGUAUCUGCUUCUUGUAUGUUAUCAGAACCUUGUGGUUGGCUAUUGAGCUGGUAAUAGGUAUUCUUCCUGUUGUGUACCUCAAAAGUACACCUUACCUAUCUGAAAGAAGUCGUUGGCCAGUAGAGCAUUUUGCCAAUUUUCCUUCAUAAAUUUUGUUGGAAUAUACACUUCCAUGUUUCACUCUAGCAGGAAAUUCAACUGUAGAAUAUCUACAUGUAAUCCCAGACCUUUCUUGUUCACUUCUUUAAAGACAUCAAGUGAAAGACAUUGGAUUCAGAAUUCCACACCAAUCAUUUGUUUACAAUUUCCUGGCUAUCAAGUUUAACUACUCAAUCUAGAAGCAUUCUUGUGAAGAAAUAAAAACAAACACUAAACAUUGGCAGUCUGAGGCUGCUUUUUUAACAUCCUAAAACGUAUUCAAAGAAUAUGGCAAUAAAAAUUUAAAAUGUAUACAAUCCCAAGGGGUAAAAAAAAACCUGAAUUGAUAUAUGAGUAUCAGCUCUUUUUAUUGUACACAAAAAUCACACAACAAAACUCUAAUAGGUCUAAUGGAUGACUUUGAUAAUGGCUCAAAAUCCAACACGUAUGAAACGGGCAUAACCUUCACCACAGAUCCAGUAAAUGUUAUUCUAUGGCAGUGCAAAUAAAUCAUAAGGCAUGUAACAAGUUUCGCUAUGAGCAAUAACGGAGAGGAA